GUUUUAGUAAUAAUAAUUGUAGUUAGUGCUAUAAAUCUUGUAGAGUCAUUAGUAAACAGAGAAUGGAUAAUUGACUUAUAAAAAAGUGGUUGAAGAAAUGAAAUGAAAUGAAUGAACUUUUAUUUGAUAGGCUUACUGGAACUAUAUCUCCAUUAGAAUUUGCUACAACAUUAACAGAAUCAUUCUAUUCAAUCCUUCAUCAACGGGCUAAAACUGGAGUAUUUCCAGCUAAUUGUCAUAAGAAUGCGGCUGUUAAUAGUUUAUCAUUAGAGACCAAUGAUUAUCAAUUUUUACUUAGUGGAUGUGCUGAUUCAUCAAUUAAAUUAUGGGAUUUGAAGAAGCAAGAAACGCAACGAAAAGAAAAUGAAGUAGAUUCUUCAUAUAUAAAAACUGUAUCUGAAUAUGAUGACUUUGAUUAUGAUAAUCCUGUUGAAACUUUUUCAAAUGUAGCGACAAUACCUAGAAAAUCUGCCCAUCAAUUUGGGAUAUCAGGUUUACAAUGGUGGCCCUUUGAUACUGGAAUGUUUGUUACGGCAUCUUUCGAUCAUACUGUUAAGAUAUGGGAUACCAAUGAAUUAACUCCUGUUCAUUCGUUUGAUUUGGAUAAUAGAGUAUAUUCAAUUGAUAUUUGUGGACAAUCUUCACCGAAUGGUUUAACAUCAACUGCACUAGUAGCAGUAGGUAGUGAUCAACCUUUUAUUAGAUUACUUGACUUACGAUCAACUUCUAGUUCACAUACUUUAACGGGUCAUAAAGGGAAGACUUUAGUAGUUAAAUGGCAUCCUAUUAAUCCUAACUUAUUAACUUCUGGUGGUUUAGAUGGUGAAGUUAAAAUCUGGGAUAUACGACGGAGUAAAAGUUGUUUAUGUAGACUUGACAUGUUGAAAACGAAUACUACUCAGGCAAUUUCUUCAGAUAAUUUAACUAAAGCAUCAGUAAAGGCACAUCUGGGUCCAGUUAAUGGUUUAGUAUGGGAUGAACUGGGUAUGACUUUAUAUACAGCGGGUAAUGAUGAUAAGGUAAGAGUAUGGGAUAUGGUAUCAACUUUAGCUCCACCAGUUAAUAAAUUGGUUAAUUUUGGGCCAUUGACCAGAAACAAAUAUCCCCAAACGAUUCCAAUGUUAUUAAAUCCAAAGGGAGAGACUGAAUUACAAUAUUUAUUAUUCCCAUCUGAAAGUAGUGAUGUAUUUGUUUAUCGUACUAUCGAUGGAAAAAUGGUAUCUCGAUUAUCUCGGCGUGGAAGUAAGAAUUCAGGUAGAACUACAUCAAUGGCAAGUGCUGGACCAUUUACAGGAACUUAUUUUUGUGGAACAAUGGAUGGAGAGAUUUUGAUUUGGUCUCCUCAUUGGGAUAAGCCUAGUGUGAAAGGAUUUUUGGAACAAGCAGAACAAACUGAACACGAUCUCGAUCUCGAUCCUCUCCAAACAUAUAAGGAAAAUCAAGAGCAGUUAAAAUUGCUCGAAGACGAUAAAUUUUUUAAUGCAAAUUCUUAAAUUUUGCAGUCACUCCAAAAUACGCAUAAAAAUCUAUAUGUAUAGUAUAUAUAAGAGGGUGCAAAGUUCUGAUAUUUAUUGUAAAUAACUUUCACUUCCUUUUCUUCUUUAUAUUCAUAAUAUAAGAUUUAAUUAACUUUUAAUUGAUACCAAUGAAGACUCAAAGUUUGAUUGCUGCAACUAUUUGCUUAGCUCCAUCAGUGUGUGCUGGUAACGUAGACUCAAAUGUUAAUAUCGAAGCUCGUGAACAUUUCAGAAAUGUAUCUAAAUGGAAAUUUUGGAAUGGGAAUAAUACUUUUGUGCCUACAACACUUCUCACAAGAAGAAUCAGUCUUCCAACUGGUGUAACCAAAUUUCCUAAUUUUCCAAGGAAAACUGUUACAGAGACACUUACUGUCACUGCUAAUGAAACUGAAGUUAGUAUUUUAUCUGAGACUAAUUUAGAGUUUUCUAUUUUGCCAGUAUAUGAAGCUGCU